CGCUAUCUGCACUCUGCUGCAGUAGAGCAGCUUAGGAACGGGUAAAAACUUUGCCGCAAAUGCCUCCCUUUCCUUCUUCGCUGCUGAAUCCGCGCCUCAGUUUCUCCCUUAAACCUUUGUUCCUUUUCAUUCAGUCCUCUAUUGCGCCUCUACAAUUCCCAGUCCCGAGGCAAUUGAUCUCCGCAAAACCAAGAAACUUCUCUUCCUUAGCUUCGGUUCAGUCGUCCGCAAUAGACAAUGGCGGCAGCAGCAGCGGCGGCGGCGGAGGCAGGUCCGGCGCACUAUCUCCGCCUCCAGUGGCGGAGGAAUUUCAGAGAAUCGAUGUGAAUCCACCUAAAGGGACUCGCGACUUCCCUCCUGAAGAUAUGCGACUCCGUAAUUGGCUCUUCAACCAUUUCAGAGAGGUUUCCCGGUUGUUUGGAUUCGAAGAGGUUGAUUAUCCAGUGCUAGAAUCAGAGGCUCUGUUCAUUAGGAAGGCAGGGGAGGAGAUUAGAGAUCAGUUGUAUUGUUUUGAAGAUCGGGGAAAUCGUCGUGUUGCAUUGAGGCCUGAGCUCACACCUUCUCUAGCAAGGCUGGUGAUACAGAAAGGAAAAUCUUUAUCCCUUCCAUUGAAGUGGUUUGCUGUUGGUCAGUGUUGGAGGUAUGAGAGAAUGACAAGGGGACGACGCCGUGAGCACUAUCAAUGGAAUAUGGAUAUUCUUGGUGUACCCGAAGUUACGGCUGAGGCAGAACUUAUUUCUUCCAUUGUCACUUUCUUCAAGAGAAUUGGAAUCUCGGAGUCAGAUGUUGGCUUUAAGGUUUCAAGCCGAAAGGUAUUGCAAGAAGUAUUAAGGUGCUACUCGGUACCUGAAAAUUUGUUUGGCAAGGUCUGCAUUGUCAUUGACAAGAUUGAAAAGAUUCCGAUAGAUGAGAUUAAGAGAGAGUUGAAGGCUACUGGGUUAUCGGAAGAGGCUAUUGAGGAACUAUUGCAAGUUCUUUCCAUAAAGUCAUUGACAAAGUUGGAAGGUUUACCCUAUAUGAAGGCAGUUUAAACAAAUGUCAUUUCCAGCUUCAGGUUUUUCUCUACCAUAUAUCUGGUUGAACUGUUAGCUAAUUGGUCUAGUUGACCUUCUACAUGUCUCUUAUUAUGUCAUAUUUCUAAUGGGAUGUUGUGUCACAAAUUGAUGCUAUUGACUUCGACAGAAUCUCUCUCUCUCUCUCUC